AUGCUGAAGCAGAGCCUGGAGGACGAGACCGCCAACAACGAGAAGGACCUCGCCAACGAGAAGUCCAGCAAGGCGGCGCUGCAUACCGCGCAGACCUCGUGCAUGACCACCGCCGCAGACCACGACGCCACGGUGGCCGCGAGGACGGAGGAGCUGAAGGUGAUCGCAGAGGCGAAGGACCUCCUCAGCUCCUCCACCCCGGGCGCCGUGGACCAGACCUAUUCCUUCCUCCAGUCCAGCGGCACCUCCGCGCUGCGCACGCGCGCGGACCUUGCGGGCGUCGAGGUGGUCACCGUGGUGAAGGCCCUGGCCAAGAAGAUGCACUCGUCCGCGCUCGCUCAGCUGGCCUCCAAGAUCAACGCCGUGAUCAGGUUCGGCGCGGGCGCUGGCGAGGACCCCUUUGUGAAGGUCAAGGGUCUCAUUCGGGACAUGAUCGAGAAGCUGGAGGCCCAGGCUGGCACUGAGGCCACCGAGAAGGCGUACUGCGAUGAGCAGAUGGCCAAGACGGAGGCCAAGAAGGGCGAGCUGGACUUCGACAUCUCCAAGCUCAGCGCCAAGAUCGACAAG